GACACGCUCACUUCGCCGAGGCGAACGACACUGACGAGAACAGCUGUGAGAGAAAAAACAGGAUGGAUAAACCUGGGUGCCUUCGUGCGUUCCGCCUUUUUUUUACAAUCCAGCCGCCGCGGUGCCUUUGAAUAACAUGUGAAUCUCAUGUGGAUGGAUUGCAUGUGGCGUUCUCUUGUGUGGAUUUAAAUUUAACAUUGCUUUUGGCUUGGACUAAACAACGGUUAGAUUGACGGAGGAGCGAGCUGAAGAAUGAUUGCUCUAAUCGUCCUGUGUGCGGUGGCCACUGGCCUGUGGCCGGCAAGCAGCGCCCAGUAUUCCAGUGACCAAUGCAACUGGAAAGGAAGUGGUCUGACUCAUGAGGCGCACGCCCGUGACGUGGAGCAGGUCUACCUGCGCUGCUCCCAGGGCUCCCUGGAGUGGCUCUACCCCACCGGCGCCCUGGUAGUCAACCUGCGCCCCAACCUCCCCCCACCCCCCUCCUCUUCCUCCUCAUCCUCCUCCUCCUCCUCCUCCUCAGGCCUCCUCCGGGUGUGUCUGAAGCCGCAGGCGGAGUCGCGGGGCUCGAUCGUGUACGUGGAGCGCGGCGGGCGCCUGCGGGCGCUGCUGGGCGAGGAGGAGCAGGCGCGCGGGGCCGUGCGCUGCUUCCGUCUGGGCGAGGGCGCGCUGUUCGUGGAGGCGCUGCCACACAGCGACAUCGGCCGCAGGACCACCACCUUCCUCUACGAGAUGGUCCGGGAGGAGGAGGAGGAGGAGGGGGGGAGGGGCGCGGAGGGAGUGCUGGAGGAGGGAGGAGAGCAUGUGACCGCAGCACACUGUCGCCCAUGCAGUGAUGAAGAGGUCCUUAUGGCUGUGUGCACCAGUGACUUUGCUGGUCGUGGCAGCAUCCACACAGUAGAUCAGCAGCAGCAGCAGCAGCAGCAGGGGGAGGAAGACUCCAGCGGGGGGCCGUGGCUCCAGGUGUCCCUGACGCGUCUCUACCGCCAGAAGACGCGCAUCUUCACCUCACCACCAGGGGGCAGCGCUCGCGCCCGCAGGUCCUGGAGGGGUCGGGUCCGAGCCCCGCCCCACUGCCCCGUCGCCCACGGCGCCGCUGACUCGGGGGGCGGAGACUACUUGCUGACGGGCGCGUUGCGAUUGGGCGAGGCGUGGCUGGGCUGCGCGCCGCGCUACCAGGACUUCCUGAAGAUGUACCAGGAAGCACAGGCCAGCGGCACCAACCCCUGCAGCAUAGACACAGACUGAGAGGGGACUACAGGAGCCUGAGAGGGACAAACUGUGCACUACAGACACAGACUGAGAGGGGAUUACGGUAGCCUGAGAGGGACAAACUGUGCACUACAGACACAGACUGAGAGGGGACUACAGGAGCCUGAGAGGGACAAACUGUGCACUACAAACACAGGCUGAGAAGGAUUACUACGGGGGGCUGAAAGGGACAAACUGUGCACUACAGACACAGGCUGAGAAGGAUUACUACGGAGGCCUGAAAUGGCCAAAAUGUGUGCCACAGCUUUGAAGGUGCCCGAAUACAGAUGGAUGCAAUGUGGACAAGACUACAUUGGUCUUAGUGACCCAGAAAUGUUCGGCAUGGACCCAUGCUGUGGAGCUACAGGUUUUGUUGGACACAGACAGAAUUAGUGGACAUCACUACAGAGACCUAAACGGUCCAAAAACAUGCUGUACGUACUAGAGGGGCAUGUUCAGCCUGUAUAGAUACUACAGAGACCUAAACGGUCCAAAUACAUGCCGUACAGACACAUACUGGAGGGGCAUGUUCAGCCUGUACAGACACACAUACUGUAGGGCCAUGUUCAGCCUGUACAGACACACAUACUGGAGGGCCAUGUUCAGCCUGUACAGACACACAUACUGGAGGGCCAUGUUCAGCCUGUACAGACACACAGACUGACAGGUCACAGCAGGGACCAAGCAGACCCAGAAAUGUGUUGGGUUGAGCUGAACAGAUUAGAACUGAGAGAGUAGUUUGGCCCACACAUCCUCCUUCACAAUGUUGCUGAAUUUCUUACCGGGAAGGCUGAAAAAUACAAUUGGUCGUUGGUGUGUGUGUGUGUGUGUGUGUGUGUGUGUGUGUGUGUGUGUGUGUGUGUGUGUGUGUGUGUGUGUGUGUGUGUGUGUGUGUGUGUGUGUGUGUGUGUCUGUGUGUCU